CGCCCGCCGCCUCCGACAUGCAGUCCCCAGCGGUGCUUGUCACCUCCAGGCAAGUUCAGAAUGUCCACACAGGCCUGGAUCUGUCGGUGCCCCAGCACCAGGAGGUGCGGGGCAAGAUGCUGUCCGGCCACGUGGAGUACCAGAUCCUGGUGGUGACGCGGCUGGCUGCCUUCAAGUCCGCCAAGCACAGGCCCGAGGACGUCGUCCAGUUCUUGGUCUCCAGGAAGUACAGUGAGAUCGAAGAGUUUUACCAGAAACUGAACAGCCGCUACCCAGAAGCCAGCCUGCCCCCACUGCCCAGGAAGGUCCUGUUUGUGGGAGAAGCCGACAUCCGGGAAAGGAGAGCCAUGUUCAAUGAGAUUCUACGUUGUAUCGCCAAGGAUGCCCAGUUGGCAAGCAGCCCAGAGCUGCUAGAAUUCCUAGGUACCAGGUCCCCAGGGGCGGGGGGUGUCUCCAGAGACGCCUCCAUCCUGCGUGGCACAGACAGCCAUGCACAGGACGAUGAGGAGGCUUUUGACUUCUUUGGGCAGCAGGACCAAGUAGCAGCCGAGGGGCCUUCCGUACUAGGCCGGAAGGGCAAGGAGAGCCACAAGUCUCUGGAGGAAAAGCAAGAGGAAGAAGAGGAGGAGGAGGAAGCAUUGGACCCUUUGGGCAUUAUGCGCUCCAGGAAGCUCAAGAAACACCCAGACAUGAUCGUGAUGCCUAAGCCUGCACCCCGGCUCACCAUCUUUGAUGAGGCGAUGGAUCCUGACGGGGAGCUCUUUGGUCCAAGCCAAAAGCUGCUCCCCUCGAGUGCCUCAGAGCCCCUGCCUCGAGACUCCCUGAAGCUGUUUGAUGACCCUGACCUUGGAGGGGCUGUCCCCCUGGGGGACCCCUUACUGCUGCCUGCCACCCGUGAGAGUGGAAGGUCUUCAUCUGGCCUGGGCCACACGGAUGCUUCCACCACGCUGUUCAGGGUGGAAGAGGACUUGGACCAGAUUCUGAACCUGGGGGCUGAGCCCAAACCCAAGCUGCAGCCCAAGCCCAAGCCCCCGGUGGCAGCUAAGCCAGCACUGCCCAGGAAGCCAGCUGUGCCUCCAGCAGUGGGCCCAGCCAAAGCUGAGGCUGGACCACAGAAGCAGCGUCAGCAGAUCCAAGCCAUGGAUGAAAUGGACAUCUUGCAGUACAUCCGGGACCACGACGCCUCUGCCCAGGCCUCUCCCAGCCUCUUCUGACCACUGCACACCCUCCUGUGGAUGCAUGCCUGUGUGGAGUGGGCCAGGACCUCCAUGACCCAGGACUGCAUCACUCAUUCCUCUUUCUCCUGAGCUGUAGGCUCCAUGUGGAAUCCCCACAGAAUAGAGCCAAGGGCCCUAUAGGAAUAAAGCCCACAUGAUCCCUGUCCAGCCGGAAGAGACGGGAGAGUAAACGCAGAGAUGCCUUGCUCAGCAGGGAUGGAGUGAGAUUUGAAGGCACCUCUGGGAGGAGUCCCAUUGAGCAGGACCCUCCUGCCUCCUGUGCCAAAAGGCCCUGCUGCCCAGCAUAGGAAGCCUGGCCCACUCGGGCAGGGCUAUAUGGCUGCCAAGCCCUGGAGCAGAAGACCCCCAACCCCCCACCCCCAGUCCAGGCUGCCCUCCUCUGAUUUCCCUGCCUCAUGGGAGUGUGGAGCCUUGGGCCUCUGGGUCCAGAGACCAUGUCUGUCAUGACAGCUCUGAGCAGAGUGGCUUGUGGCAUCUUCAGAGCUGGGACUCGGGAGUGUCCGGCCUGGCACUGCUUUCCCAUAGGAAGCCGCGCUCCCACGCUUCUGUCCUGUCCUCAGGGUUUGCAUUCAUCCGCGGCCUUCCAGCCAUGGAGCCACCAGCCCGGGGAGAAGGGCUGCGCACCAGGGCAGCUGGUGCCUCAGAUGCCUCCCAGGUCCCCAGCGCCCGGGGCGCGGCACGCAGGACAUGCAGUGACAGGACGAGUCACUGAGCAGAGAGCGCUCCAUGGCCUUUCUUUGAUACAGUCUUCGCGUCCAGAGCUAGUUUUUAAUGAAACAAUCGUGUGUUCAUUUUUUGUUUUUGUCCUGCCUGACAGGCUUCUGGAGGUCAGGACUAGGUCCCCACCCACGGCAGCUGGGCCCACAUGCCUCCAGGUGGCAGGCCCCUGGCUUCCUGCUGUCACUGUCUGGUGUCACCAGUUCCUGCCUUGCGCAGGGCCCACAGGGUCUGUCCUGUGUCUCCAUGUCCCCUCCAGCUGCCUCACCCUAAGCUUACUCCCCACCUGUGCCAAAGGGAGGGGACCAGAGUGCUGCUGGGCAGAGCUGAAAUCUCUGCUUUGCCUGGUGGCAGGGUCCCCUCUUCAGGGCCCCGUGCUGACCCAAGGGCAGCUUCUGCCCUGCCUUAGCUUUGUCAGCGGGCCUUCUACCUCAGCGCUCAGCCCCAGCCCUGGGCUCACACCACAUCCGACUGCGGAGAAAGGAACCGAGGGUAGGAGGGGUGAGGCCACGUGACCAGGUCCUCCUCAGAGAGGCUGCCCAGAUCAGCCCCUGCCCCAGCUCUCCACCCCCCAUUCUCUGCUCCCUGGCUGCCAGUUACCUGCCUUCCUCCUCCAUCCCUACCUCACACCUGCUUUGGAUCACAGGUGACACAGGAACAGCGUAGGGCUGGCAAGGUAACUGGUGUCAGUCUUCUGUCUGGGUCUCUAAGGGAACCUGGCUUGUCACUGUCUGGAGUGGGGUUGGCCUCUGUGAGGCAGCCUCCUCAAUGGCCUGGAGUUCUCUGGACCCCAAUGCCCUGGGGCGACCUCUCCACAGAUUUGUGAUCCACAGUCCACCGAUGUCACCUAGUAAACUCUGUGACUCAU